AUGGAAGACGACCAGGCGGCCUUUUUCCAGCGCUCGCAAGCGCUCAUCGACAGUGUGGACGGCAGGCUGGCCGCCGCCUUGACGAAAGGCGAUGCGCCGCCCAUCGCUGUGCUGGAGGUUUCUGACGACUCUGACGUGGAGAUGGCAUGUUUUGCGAUUCACUUUUACAAUUGCACUGAGUAUUUUCCCCUCCAGAAGGCAGAGUCGGACGAAGAGGGAGCAUCAGCGACCCUGCUCCACCCUCACCCGAUGCGCCCGCGUCGCAGCCGGGACGACGAGAGGAAGAGUAAAGAAGCGUGGUACAAGGCAAGUUGUUGGCAUCCGUGGCACGUCAUCUGGACGCAGCGCUCCGCAAGUCGCUGGAUGCUAUCGCUACCGCAGCUGCAGAGGUACGGGUUGUUUAUGUUCAAUACCGCACCAUGCUCAACGCUACCUUCCCAGAAGCAGGAAGCACAGAAGGAACUGACGAUCGCGAAGAAGGAGAGCAAAGCAUUAGGGUGCAAGAACUCCGAGUUGCAAGACCAGUUGGACCAGAAACACGAACGUGAAGCCUCAAGUCUGGUGGCCGUUGAUGUGCUGAAGGCCAAAAGCACCAAACGGAAGGCGCAGAUAAAGGAGUUGAAUAAAACCGUGGUUCAGCAACAAGCCGAGAUUGCUGAGCUCAUGCAGGAGAUUCGCAAGUUCCGCGACGAGAAGGCUGUUCUAUCGGGUGUAGAAACCACUGCUGUCACAGUGGAGGCUGCGAACUUGAAGCGGCAGAUCGCCACCCUCAGACAGGAUAAGGAGCGCCUGGUCAAAGUGAAUGAGGGUCUGAUCGGCGAGCGCAACAUCACGCGUGCGAUUAAUCAGUGCAAGAACCGUCUCAACCAGAAGCUCGUGCCACAGGCUAACAAGGUUAUUGUGGCACGGUCAGAGGAUAUCCACUGCGCAACAGACAAUCUCUUUGCAUUUUUGGCUCAGGACCCGUCGACGCAAAGCUUCAUGAACAACGUCCUAUAUUUACCGCACCGCCUGCUGUCCUGUGCGCCGCGCAACUACAUUGCGUUUGCCCCGAGCGCACGGUACAAUGACACCCGAUGCAAAUGGGAGGACGGCUCUGACCUCGCGGUCCUUGCAGGCAGCACGCGCGAGCUUUUCGUCGUCGUUACCCGCCAGAAUGAGCGCACAUACGAAGACGUGAUAGCCUACGCCGGCACUUACCUCUGCCACGACCUGGGCCGGGCCGCCUACCCGCCCGGGACCAAGCCUCCCCGCUCCGUCCCCGACGCGGCCAUCCUCGAGGUGGCCUUUGGUAUGAAGACGACCCAGGACGACAUCGACAUCACGCCGCUGAUCAAGCAGCGGUUCCCGAGUGGGACUAUCGACAUUGAGGUGAUGGGGCUGCAGCUCGUGGGGUAUAACAUGAAGCUGUGUGAUGCACUGAAAGGCCGCCUGUCUCGGAGCGGCCAACAGCCACCUCCGGUCGUGCCGGCAAAGCGCGCCGCAGAAAUGGGGAUCGGUGAGGGCUCGAAGAAACCUAGAACUUGA